AUGUCUGGAGUUUCUCCCCGUGGCGUGCUCGUCGUCGUAGAAGGGCUAGACCGUUCGGGCAAGUCAAGUCAAUGUCAGUUGCUCGUCGACAGCCUGAACAAAGCUGGGAAGACGGCACGUUAUGUCAAGUUUCCAGACAGGACAACAGCUACUGGGGUUAUGAUCAAUAGCUACCUGACAAGCAACGCACAGCAAGACGAUCAUUCCAUCCAUUUGCUAUUCUCCGCCAACCGAUGGGAGGCCAUCCAGGGUAUCUUACAAGCCAUCGCGGAUGGGGUGACUGUCAUCAUUGACCGCUAUUCGUUCUCUGGUGCAGUUUACUCAGCGGCAAAGGAUAACCCGGAUCUCAACUUGCAGUGGGCUUGGGCAUGCGAGGCAGGUUUACCAAAACCUGAUCUUGUCCUCUUCCUCGACUUAUCUUCUGAGGAGGCAGCGAGACGAGGAGGGUAUGGCGAGGAACGCUACGAGACAGAAAAUAUGCAAACUAGAGUAAAGUCGCUGUUCGAUGAUCUUUUCACUCGUUUGCCAGAGCUGGAAGUCAAGCGAAUCAAUGCCGGACAAAGCAUUGACGAUGUUGCCGCGGACAUCAUGCAAGUCUUCGAGAAGGCUUCGAAUUCAGACGUUCUGGCUUUACCAUUGCAGAAGCUAGGAUUUCUGCCCAGUUGA